ACGAAUUCUCAGAAACGAAACUUGAAAAGCUUUCAGAGAUCACUAACAAUGGCAUCCCCUUCUUCAAUCUUGACUUGCCCUCGUCUUUCUUCUUUUUCUUCAACACCUUCAAUGUACUCUGUCUGCUUCGGGCCAGGUAAAAUUUGUGGAAGAAAGUUAUAUGGAAGAAUACACUUAGAGACAAAGAAGAACAGAUCUCGUUAUCAUGUUUCUGUUAUGAAUGUUGCCACUGAGAUCAACUCUAUAGAACAAGCAAAGAAGAUUGAUUCAAAGGAAAGUGCAAGGCCUGUUUAUCCUUUUGCUGCUAUUGUUGGACAAGACGAGAUGAAGCUAUGCCUUUUGUUAAACGUGAUUGACCCCAAGAUAGGCGGUGUGAUGAUAAUGGGAGACAGAGGAACCGGUAAAUCAACAACCGUUAGAUCCUUGGUUGAUCUGCUUCCCGAGAUCACGGUGGUUGCCGGUGAUCCGUACAACUCAGACCCGAGAGAUCCUGAGUUUAUGGGGAAGGAAGUGAGGGAGAAAGUCCAAAAGGGAGAAGAGCUCACGGUGGUGGAAACCAAGAUCAACAUGGUUGAUCUUCCCUUAGGUGCUACGGAAGACAGAGUCUGCGGGACAAUCGAUAUCGAAAAGGCUUUAACCGAAGGUGUCAAGGCCUUUGAGCCUGGACUGCUAGCUAAAGCCAACAGAGGGAUUCUCUACGUGGACGAGGUUAACCUCUUGGAUGACCAUUUGGUUGAUGUUCUUCUUGAUUCCGCCGCCUCGGGGUGGAACACUGUUGAAAGAGAAGGCAUUUCGAUCUCUCAUCCCGCUCGGUUUAUCCUCAUUGGUUCAGGGAAUCCUGAAGAAGGAGAGCUUAGACCACAGCUUCUUGAUCGGUUUGGUAUGCACGCGCAAGUAGGGACGGUGAGAGACGCGGAGCUAAGAGUCAAGAUCGUUGAAGAGAGAGCUCGUUUCGACAGUGACCCGAAGGAGUUUCGGGAGUCGUAUCUUGCGGAACAGAUGAAGCUCCAGGAGCAGAUUACGUCUGCAAGAAGCAAUCUUUCCGAGGUUCAGAUCGAUCAAGAUUUGAGAGUGAAGAUCUCUAGGGUCUGCGCCGAGCUGGACGUUGAUGGGUUGAGAGGAGACAUUGUGACGAACAGAGCGGCGAGAGCGCUCGCUGCACUCAAAGGAAGAGACCAAGUGACUGCAGAAGAUGUUGGUAUCGUUAUACCGAAUUGCUUAAGACACCGUCUCAGAAAAGAUCCGCUUGAAUCUAUGGAUUCGGGGAUCCUCGUUACAGAGAAGUUCUACGAGGUUUUCAGCUAG